AUGUUGAACUCCUUUCGCCCCAAAAGCAAUUGUGAAGAAGAAGCUCGAUUUCUUCAAGACCGCAUCCAGCUGGUAGAAAAACAUUUAGCGGAUUUAUGUGACGUUUUUGGACAAUAUGCUAGGAAAACUGCAAGAAUCCGCGACAAAGGCGACGAAGUUUCCAAAACGGUUCUGGCAUUUUCAGCCAACGAAAACAUUAACAAAUCCCUCUCGGUUGGAUUGGAAAGUUUUGCAGAUUCCAUAUCAACUUUGAGCGAUUACGGUGAUGCUAGAACACAGUCCUUAGAAUUAAAAGUUGUUGGAGAAUUUUCAAGAUAUGAAGACGUUUGCAAAAAAGUCAAAGAAGAAAUUAAAGAUAUUUUUGCUGCCAGGGACAAAGAAGUUCAAAGAAAACGUCAGUUGGAUAGGAUUAGAGAUAGAAAUCCCAGGAAUAGACAGCAAAUUAUGCAAGCUGAAACUGAAUUAGUUAAAGCAACUGCUGAACUCUCUAAAACGGUUCACAAUAUUGAAGAAAAAGCGACCACUUUCGAACGACAAAAGCUUCACGAUUUAAAGUCAAUUUUGCUAGAUUUUAUCAGCAUUGAAAUGGGUUACCAUGCAAGGGCCUUAGAAGAAAUGACAAAGGCUUAUUCGCUUGUAGAUGCUAUUGAUGAAGAAUCUGAUUUAGAGGACUUUCAAUCUGCAAGAGGAAAACUAGAUCUGGAAUUCAAAAAAUCUCUUCGUUUGCCUGGAACAAUCCACCGUCAUUCUCCAAGCUCCUUAUUUCGUUCCAGUCAAUCUCUAGGAGCAAUAUUUUCGAAUUCUCAAAACAAAAGUAGUCGUUCUAGAGAGAAGUUGAACAAAAGCGAAGAAAAUUUGGAUUCUAUAAGGCGCAGUAUUUCAGAGACAGAAGAAGAUGCUUCUCAAAGUGAGGAGCAUUCAAUUGAUAGUGACGAUGAGUCUAAUGAUAAUAUAAAGUCACCUGUUGUUGUAAGGAGAAGUGCUAAAAAAAUGUAA